AUGCACAGACAGAGCACAAGGAUCGAGAAAAGCUUAUUACUUGACCUGAAUAGGCACCUGGAAGCUGAUUCCAACAGCCUAGAGAUUUCCGUUAUACAAUGGCUAACCAGAAUCGACGCCAGGAAAGAGGAAUUACUACAACAAACUGCUCUGCUGUCCACGCCUCGAGCCAUUAACAGCCAGUCUCUCAGCAGUGGUGGCAGCAACUGUCAGGAAAUGUUAAUUGGCGCCAUAACUCCACAAGAUCGCAACAUCAGAGUCAGACGCCCACUACUGGAGGUUCCUACCUUCUCAGGAAAUUUCAGAGAGUUCAGCACAUUCUGGUUUGUUUUUGAAUCGCUCAUCCAUAACGACAGCGACCUGAGCGACCAGGAAAAAUUCCUAUUCGAAGCACUAUGCUUCACUUCAACAGGAAGAGUUGUACAACGACCACUCAAUCGUCUCAUCCCGCUAGAAAUACGUUUCUCCAUCCACUCUUCGGGAACUGACGGCGACCUAGCUCCAUCAGUUAUAGGAAAACCUAUUCACAGAAGAAAGACAUCCACCAGUUCAUCUGAGGAUCCCAGCGUGGCCGUUCGACAUCAGCCGCCGAGAGUGGCGAAAACCCACGUGUCCUAA